UAUAGUUCCUUAGGUAGCCCUCUGUUGUAGAAACCCUCGUCCCUUAGCCUUCGAGGAUGUCUUCGCAAAGCGACUCUCAAAACAUAUCGAGGGAGCUCUCGGCGGAGGAGGAGAGUAUAUCAGAUGUGGAGUCCACGAGUGAGCAGCCCUCGGUGGGUGAUGAUGCUGCUGUGGCCAUGGAGGUACAAAACACCCUCCAGAUGGAGCUACAAGCCGAGGAGUUCGAGCAGGUGUGUGAAGACGAGGAGGUGGCCCUCGCCUUUCAAGUGGCCGAGGAUGAGGCGCGGAAGGAGAUGAUGAAGUUCACCGUUGCUAUCCCACCCCCUCGCAAUGACGCUGCAGCCGGGAGCUCGAGGCCACUGGACCCGACGCCUAUCAGCGUGGCGCCGGGAAAAAAGAAGAAGAUGAGGGCGGUACCGAGGAAGAAGCAGGUUGCCGUCGACGCGGGUCAACCAAUAGGGAUUCCUAAGGGCUACUUCUAUCUCAACACCGCCGCCCUGGAUGUGAAGACCAGGGCCACACGGGGAGAUUACAUGGCGACGCAGCUCCUGGUCGGGCCCUCGGCACAGGUGGUGGAGACGGGGCCAUAUGACGUUCUGCUACAUGCCCCCGCCAGCUGUUUCGCCGUGCACAUACUCUCGAUGGAGUUGGGCCUCCGAUUCCCCCUCCACCCCUUCGUGACCGAGUAUCUCCGGUUCGUCAAACUUGCCCCCUGCCAACUGACACCGAACAACCACUCCUAUCUGGCUGGCUUCCUUUCCUUCUGCCGGAGCCGGGUUGUGGAGCCCACUCUAGAUCAAUUCUUCCUUUCUUUCAAUCUCUGCCGGGGAGGCCACUCAAAUGUCGGGGGCUUCGCCAACCUGCAGCAGCUCCCCGAAUUUAGGCUCUUUGACGAUGUCCCCUCGUCUCACAAAGAGUGGAAAGACAAGUUCUGCUACGUCCGAAUGGCGGAGAAUCCCUUUCCGGCCCCACUCCGUGAUAGCUUCCGAAGGCAUGUUAAGGUGGGGAGUGCCGCCUUGGAGAAGAAGGGGAGGAAGCUCUCCAAGAAGCCUGAGGGGUCUGAGAAGCAUACCAAGAUCAGGGAUGCCACCCUUCCAGACGAGCUUUACGACAUGGGCUUCCGGCGGUACCGGUUGAUGGGGGAAAGCGACGAGAGAUAUCCCCCUGUCGAUAGGGUCUAUCAAAGUGCCGGAGGACCAGAUAUGGACGCCAGGAACCUUUCCAAACUGAAGAAACAACUUGCAAAGGAGAACAAGAAGAAGGACGCCCCGGUGCAGCAGAUGGCGGUGGAUGAUAUUUUCCCGAGGGUGGGAACUGCCGACGGGGCCAAGGAGACCGUGCCAGAGGUGAAGGCUGCCGCCGACGACAACGUCGGUUCCACAGCCGAGGGCUCCCCCGUUGAGGAGCUGAAGAGGAAGCGGGCCGGGAAGGCCGCGGUGCCCUCGGAGGGGAAGAAGCAGAAGAAGGGGGGCCUCGGGAUUAAGGAGGCCCCGGUUGUUAUUGUCGAGGAGCAUUCCUCCUCUGAGCCCCCGGUCCAAGCCCCCGGAAUGGCGUGGCCCCAAGAUAAUGUGCAGUUCUCCAUCACCAAGGGGACUACCAUUAUGCAUGCGACGUUGAACCCGAGGGAGUUCUUGAGGGGCGCCACCCCUCCGACUGAUAAGUUUGUACUUUCCCGGCAGGCUGAUGAUGCUCUCUGCUCCAAGGUUCUCUAGGCCUCAGUCACUGCAAGCCUCGGCCUCGGUGAACUCGCCCAGAGGAUGGAGCGUUAUGCCCUUCAGAAGCAGAAGGAUGACGAAGCCUUGGUUGUGGCCCAAAGGAGGCUUCGGGAGGCCGAGGAGGCUUUCAGACUCGAGAGGGCGGCCUUCGAAGGAAAUCUUGAUACCGCCAAAAUGGCGGAAAAGGCCGAGGGGAGAGCUGAGGCAGAAAAGGUAGCUACUGAGGCCGCCAAGAAGUCCGCUGAAGAUGCCGAGGCCGCCAAGGUGGAGGCGGUGAGGGAAGCGGUGGCCACCUUCGUCGCCGAGGGCUGGAGAGCUGAGAACCAGAAAGCAUGGGUGGCUUCGGUAGUUGAGGCCUCCGUGGAUGAAUGGAUAAGAGGUCCCGAGGCGAUGUGGCUGGCCUAGAAGGGGAAAGAGUACUAUGAUGGGGGCGAGUACUUUACUCAGGCCCUCAUCUAUCGGAGGCUAGCCAGGCACCUGGGAACAGAUCCGUCGGCAUUUGACCCGGCGGCUUAUGGGCUUCCCCCUCUCCAGCCAGACACCAGAGUUCCCCUCCCCGAAGGUGUUAAUAGGCCAGAUCUGGAGGACACCAUCCUGAUGGCGGAGUGCAGCGACGAAAAAGAAGAGGUCGGGGAUGACGCCACGUCGAAGCCUGCCGAAGGGGG